AUGACUAGAUCUCACAGACACAGCAAUUCAAGGUCUGAAUAUGACUUGGUAACGGUAAACAUAGAUGGAUGUGGUCACAGUCCACCAUGCUUCGUCACACUUGGGGAAAGAAUACCAGUUAAUGUGCGAUUCUAUGCAGACUUCGCAUCUUUGCAGCUUGAUCAAGAUGUCAUCAUUAAGCUUAACUUCGUCAAUGCUAGAACGCCUGUGACGCCGGAGCCAUGUGACAUCCUCUUAUGCCCCGUGCAGACCGAUGCUCUUACAUCCUUUACUAGUGUGAUGUCGGUACCAACUAAUAUGGCAUUGAACCAACGCGGAUACCUUCAAUGGCGAGUUUACAAUGAGAAAAACCGGGUGGUAUUAUGUUACUCCGUGCUUGUUCAGACACAGACGUAUAUUCAGAAAAUGUUGAAACAGGCCGCUCUCCUCACCAAGGCUCUUACCGAUGACAAAAUUAAAAAAGUUCCUCAUCCUUUGGGGCAUCCCCUCAAUCCUGUUGGAAACUUACCAAACGUUACUUUUGAAUUUUACGGUUAA